AAUUGUACAAAAAGAUGGCAAAGUUGUACUUGACAAUAUGAAAACGGCUAAAGAGUUGAUGAAUAGAUUUAAAAGUACAUAUACGAUAGCUGUGGUCAACGAAAUUAGGGAGAAAGAGAAUAGAGAGGCAGUGGAAAUCCUUGUAAUUACAUCAAAGAACGCUAUCUUUAG